AUGGACAAAAAAUCAACCAAUCAAUUCAAUAGUAAACUAUUUACCAAUAUUGCGAAGAUCGAGAAAGGCAUUGGUUCAGAAUUCUUAUUCUUUUUCGGAGCAAUAAAUUGUACUGUAUUUGGUGUACUACUGUCGUUCUUUAUUAAUUGGAAACUGACUCUUAUUGUAUCGUGCUCUAUACCUUUUGUUAUUGGCAGUUCAUUUUUGUUCUCUACACUUAGUGCCACAGAGACUCAGAAUCAGUUGAUCAUAAAUUCAAAAGUUGCCAGUAUUGUUCAAGAAGUGUUUGGUUCAUUUCGAACUGUUCUUUCUUUGAAUGGCAGCAACAUCGAAAAAAAGCGGUUUAAAGCGGCAUCUCAGGAAACACAUCGAUACAGCAUACGCGAGGGAGCACUAUAUGGGAUUUAUGCGGGAUGGUUAACUUUAAUAACCUGCAUAAUUUAUACAAUUGGUUUUAUUUUUGGCUCUCUUCUUACAACACGUAAACCAGAUAGCAUAAAUCUUACUGACAUUCUUAUUAUCGUAGCUAUCUUUGCAGACAAUGUACAAUUUUACAGUCUUGUGAGUCCCUGUUUACAAUCAAUUUCAGAGAGUAAAGUAGCAGCAGCAGCAGUGUUUAAACUGAUCGAUGAGGGCAGCAUUGAAAAAAUCAACGAAACAGAGGUGUGGAUAGAAGAUACGAAAUCGCUUUCUAAUAUCCACUGUGAUAUAGAGUUUCAAAAUAUUAGCUUUACUUUUCCCUCCAGAAAGGAUAUACCGGUACUAUGCAAUCUAUCUUUCAUUGCUCGUGCUGGUCAGACAACUGCUCUUGUUGGUUUAAGUGGUUCAGGAAAGAGCACCUGCUUGUCACUCAUUCUUCGUUAUUAUGAGCCUUCAUCAGGGCGGAUUUUAAUUGAUGGUCGACCGAUCACGGAAUACAAUGUUAAGCAACUGCGGCAGAACUUCGGAGUUGUUAAUCAAGAACCGAUUCUUUUUGGUACAAGUAUUUACGAAAAUAUUCGUCUUGGCAAAGUAGAUGCAACGCGCGCCGAAAUUGAAGAAGCAGCAACGCAAGCAAAUGCUCAUCAUUUCAUCAUGCGCUUGUCUAAUGUUUGUAUUCCAUGUCGAUUUCUAAGGAUGUGA